CUGCAUUAAACUAGCACAGCUGUCAAGCAGAACAGCUGGCAACGCUCGGCAGUACAAUUUUUAUGAGUGACCGACAGAAAAGCCGUGAAUGAAAAAAUGACAAACUCUAAAUGAAAUUAAGUAAGCAUCGUGAUGCAGAACACUUGACAAGACAAUUGGUGACUCCAGAGUGAAAGUGCAAUUAAAUUUUAAUAGUAUUUAAUUAGUGUAAGUGCGGGCGCAGACAUGAACUACACAUACUUGUUUGUGCUCGUUUGGCUGGCCUAUUUGAUAUGCAGCGGCGUCCUGUUGUUCUCUCGAGGAUUUCUGCUUGCGCGGGUCUCCAAAACGGAGACAAGCACCUGCCGGCGUCUGUCCACAAAUCCAAAUGAUGAGUAUCUGCUGACACCGGAAGUGGUGCAGGAGAUUUUCAAGGAUGUGAACGCCUCAUCGUCAUCCAAUCUAUGUCUUCCACAAAAGUCUAAAGUCAUUAUGCUCGUCAUUGAUGCAUUGAAAUACGAAUUUGGAGUUUUUAAAGAGAACACCACCGAACCGUUGCCUUAUGAAAAUAAACUAAGUGUGCUGCAUCAGCUGCUGCAACAGACUCCGGAGCAGGCGCGUCUGAUGCGCUUUAAAGCGGAUCCGCCGACGACCACGUUGCAGCGCCUGAAGGGCCUAACCACCGGCAGUUUGCCCACAUUUAUCGACAUUGGCUCCAACUUUGCCUCGCCGGAGAUCAACGAGGACAAUGUCAUAGAUCAAAUUGUGAAAAGCGAACUGCCUUUGGUAUUCCUGGGGGAUAGCACAUGGACGGAUUUAUAUCCGCGACGCUUUAAGCGCGCCUACUCAUAUCCCAGCUUCGAUAUAUUCGAUUUGGACAGCGUUGACAAUCAAAUAAUGCAGCAUUUGCCCAAGGAACUGGCCAGCACAGAUUGGCAGGUGCUCAUUGCGCAUUUUCUGGGCGUGGAUCACUGCGGUCACAAACACGGACCCAUACACGAGGAAAUGGCGCGCAAAUUGACAGAAAUGAACAAUAUCAUAAGCUCAGUGGUUGCUGCCAUGGACAAUGAGACCACGCUGCUGAUAAUGGGCGAUCAUGGCAUGACGGCUAGUGGAGAUCAUGGUGGCGACACUGAUGACGAAACGAAUGCCCUGUUGUUUGCCUACUCCAAGCAGCACAAAUUCUUUACUAGCAACGAUUCGGGCUCUGAUAGCGAAUUGCUGCAGCAGAUUGAUCUGGUUCCCACACUGUCGGCCAUACUCGGCGUGCCCAUACCCUACUCAAAUUUGGGUUUAAUCAAUUUUAAUAUUGUGCCCGCUGUUGCUGUGCCGCAUCUGAGUAAAUUCCAAACAUUGCUGCUGCACGCCUGGCAGAAUGCCCAUCAAAUCUAUCGGUAUUUCUUCAACUAUGCCUUGGAGAACAAGCGCACCUUUAAUGUGGAGCAAAUGGACACACUGGAAACGGAAUUUAUACUGUUGACGCACCGUGUGCAAACAAUUUACAAUGAGGCGGCCUUCAAGUCGUUUGUGCGCGAUCUAAACAUUAAUUUACGUGACAUACUCAACGUCUGUCGCGAGAUCUGGGUCAAGUUUGAGCCUGCACAAAUGUCGCACGGCCUGCUAUUCAGCUUUCUACCCAUCUUUUUCGCCUUUCUGCUCAUUAACAACUCAAAUGCCAGCGAUUAUGCCAAGAUUUUCAAGCCCAAGGAGGUGUUUUACACAUUUCUGAUGAACAUUGCUGCCGGCGUCUUUGGCUAUCGCUACUACAAGAACUUCUCGUUCAAGACGGAGGAGCAUGGCGUUAUAUUCUUCACCAGUUUGCUGAGCACCGUGCUGCUGGCCUUCUAUACGCUGCGCCACUGGAACAGCAUUGCCAACAAUUGGGCGAAUGUCAAACGUUUUGGCCACAUGCCCACGCGACUGCUGCUCUUUGCCACCAUGGCUGUGUUUUUCUCCAAUAGCUUUGUCAUACAGGAGGCCAAGAUCUUAUCCUAUCUGCUGGUCGCAGUCAUUCUGCUGCUUGUCUAUGAGCUGCUGCAGCUGAGCGCGCGCCUGGACUUCAGGAACAAGUUUAAGUGGUCGCAGUUCUUACGCUCUACCGCAUUGCGUUUGAUUUUGGCCAGCCUGUUGGCCAUUUGUUGCAUACGUUUCGCCUCCACGCUGUUUCGCUGCCGCGAGGAGCAAGGCAAUUGCGCUGAUUUUGCGAGUGCCGGCACGCCCGGUUUCUCCGUGAAAAGGCCAGCCAUGGGCAAGACCUAUGUGCUGGCCGUAGUCAUAAUUGUUUUGUACACCACACUGACCCGUUUGUAUUUGCGGUCCUGCGGCAAUUUAACCGGCAAUUCGCCCAACGUGCUAUUGGCACGCUACGGUCCGACUGUGGCCUCGAUUUGCGCUGGCGGUCACAUACUGCUCGCGAAUAGCGCCAUCAAGAAUAUACAACGCACUCACAUUGAUGCCAUGGCUCUGGUCAUCUAUGGUCUGUUGCUAUUGCAAAUUGUUGUUGUCUCGUGGGCGCCAUUGAUGACGUUUGUGCUGCCGCCCAGGAAUCCAAAUACCAUCAGCGUAAAUGGGCGUGACAGCAUUGUGCCGGAAAUCUUUCGCAAAAUGAAACGCAUGUAUGAAGGAGAUGACGAUGCGGAGCGUCGCUAUGAGAUACCCGUCGUCUAUGGCCUGGCCACUGUCUACUCAUCGAUCAUCAUUUCGUUUGGCGUCUUUCUGGCCAUGCUCAUGAUCGUGCUGCUCGAGCCCCACGCGAGCAUUGGCCUCAUUGUCUGCGUGGUCGUCGGCGCCAUUAUAUUGAGCGUGCAUGGCAUUCUGCGCUACCGCACGGCCAGCAGUUUUGAGAGCUGCGUGCAGCCCACAUUUAGCGCUGUGGUCGGCUGGUUUUUGCUGGCGCACUUUUGCUUCUUCGCCACAUCGCAUCAGACGACGCUAUCGCAGAUCGACUGGCGCGCCGCCUUUGUGGGCCGCUCCAGCGCUUUGGGACAGUCGCAUCUCAUUUCUGGGACGCUUGUCAUUUUGAAUACCUUUUGUGGGCCCAUCUUUUUCUACUGCAUGUAUGCGCUGCUCAGCACGGAGACCUUUUCGCUGUUCGCCCUGUUUCCGAAUCUCAUCAAGAGCAGCAGCAGUACCAGCAGCAACAGUCGCAGCAAAGCGGAUGCAGCUGCUGCGGCACUGUCCGAUAUCGCCACCGAUGCGGUGGGCUUUGAUAUGACACGCGGCGAGCUGGCGUUGUAUGAGUAUGAGGAUGUUUUUCUGGGCGUCGGUUUCAAGCUGGCCACACAGUUCUUUAUGCUGCAGGGCCUCAAGAUCUUUUGCGCCAUGCUCGCCUGCACCAUACACUGCCGACAUCUGAUGGUCUGGAAAAUAUUUGCGCCGCGCUUCAUCUACGAGGCGCUGGCCACCUUUGUGGGCCUGCCCUCGCUUAUUGUGGGCUAUCUGCUGCUGUUGCGCAUCAACCGUGCAGUCGAUGGACUUAUCAAGCGCAUCAACAAGGAUAAAUAGUUUGCGGAACCAACAACA